UUGAACAAAACCGCACACACACAUACAUACACACUUUUUGCUCAAGCGCGCGUAGAGAAUAAUUAGAGAGAGAGAGAGAGAGAGUGAGAGAACGAGAGAGAAAAAUGGUAUCUUGACAAUAAGAUACAAGUGACAGGGAAGAGACAAUAAGGCUUUUAGACCGUAAGAUCGUUCGCGCACGUAGUUUAGACCCGCGCACUGCCCGUAUUGCUAGAAAUAUGCACAUUCUGUAAGGCUUUACGCGACUAGCCGCGCUCUCUUAGAGGUAAAGUGCAAACGAGAGCUACAUUUAGCUCUGUUCUCUACUAAAUUAGCUAGCUUUACAGUUUCGAACGCGAAUGUGUAAGAUAUUGCGCACAAAAACAAACACAGCUUCACUCUAAAUAUCCCAGUCACGGCACCAAAUUCCCCGGGACAGUAAAUUUACAAAUUACUAACUUUCCGAGUACGACAACAAACUCCGUCACACAAAAGGGGCGCUCUCUAGCGUUGCUUACAUACAUUCAUAAUUAGCCGACCACUCCAGCGGCUUAUUAUUAGACGCGCCACCCGUUCCGCACCCGCCGCUGGGCAAUUCUGGAAGCAAUUGCGCUUUUUUAUCACGCUCGUUGUUUCCUCAAGCGGAGAGAUUUAAUUGCACAGACACACACUAGUCGUACUCGUCGGCUGUGGGAGUGUAUGUGUGGGUUGGAUAAUGCUUUGUUUGGAUUAGGAGUGCAUCUACUCAUUUCCGAAUGAGUGUUAAAUGCCAUUCCUAUGAAGUAUAUUUUCUUCAAAUGUGCAAUCGUUUAUAGUUUGUCGAAAAGAACAAAUAUUUUUGCGAUAAUGCAUCCCUUUUUAAUUAAAAUCAAUAGGAGAAUUUUCUUUUAAAAUUCAAAACUACAGUAGAAAGGACCCUUUUGGCCCUUCUGUUUGUGUUUCACACAACAACAAAAAUCCCAACCGCGCAAUGCCUUUAUCUUAGUAUAAUCUUAUCAGUUAGGGAGUAACCGGGCUCGCGUACGCUUUGUCGCGCUUUGUGUGGUGUGGUCCGUGGGCCUCUAACACUAAAACGCAGAAACAUAGUUUUAUCCGAUUUGAACCUUUUUUCGACGCGAAAAAAAACAGCCAUACCGUACAAAGGGAAGGUGCGUUUCCGUUUUCCUGCAGUGCACUUCAAGUGUGUGUGUAUCAGUGUCCUUAAGAAGAAAUGUGUGCCUUUCAAUGGAAACUAUCAAGCGGAGCGGCGGGAAGGAGUGGUGGUAAGGUGGUUAGAGUUUGUAGGGACAAAAGAAAAGGAAAAAAAACAGGAGAGAAAAAGAGACACGUGUUCCGUAGACAUAAUAGUGCCCGCUGAGGAGGUUACCGCUCAUUGGUGCUGUAUAGACAAGUGCUCUGUUCUUAUAUUGCCAGUACUCGAACCGAAAUUGAUAAGGGCGGCGGCACAGCACACAGUAUUCAGGGGGCCGCAGACGCGCAUAGUCACGAACUUGACACACCUGCAACGGUGGCAACGUCCAAGGCCGGCAGCGUAGACAGAAGUAGAUAGGUUUUGAGCUAGACAAGAAACACAAAAAAAAAAUUGACGAAAAACGAACCACAAAACACGCAAUAAAGCUAGUUUACUCUUACCUCACCUUACCUCUCCUGCUACGUCUUCUCCUGGAAAAUCAUGCUCUGGCCGUUGAUGUUUUACUGUUCGAAUGAAAUUCCAUGACACGCGUGUCUGUGAGUGCGAAGAAAUGAUGAAAAUGUUGCGUGCUCGAAAGUCGUCCGUCGCGUCCAACGGUGGUGGUGGUGUUGGUAGAAAGUCAAAAGAUGACACGGCGUCGACCUACUACGAAGAUUACGAUCCGUUCGACUACAUCUACUCCGGCGGCACACAGUACUCCGAUCCCGUGUACGACGCCGUCGUCAAUCGCUCCCUGUCGGACAAAACGGGCACACCACUGUCACCGCCUGCGUCGCUGUACGGUGCGGUCGGUGUGCUGCCGCCACCGCCCGGUACACCCGGCGGCAGCUGUACGUACGGGUGGGUAAACGCACCGGUCGAAGCGUCCUCCAGCUCCUCCACCCAGUCACCGGUGGGCGGUGGAGAUGGGGAGCCACCGCCACUGCCACCGCGCAACUCAACCGCCGCCGCCGCCGGGUACAGCCACACGAUGCUGCGCGGCAUUCCGGCGGGCCAGGCGGACGAGCAGUCGAACUACGAGAUCAUGCAGCGGAAGCUUGCCCCGGCCAGCGGCGUGGAGCGGCGGGCUACACCGUACAAGCUGUACGAGAACGUGGUGAUUGCCAAGAGCUACGACAAGGAAUUGAUCGCUUUCUACAGCAUGGUGAAGCAGUUGAGAGCCCAAUAUCGGCACGACGAUGAAGCCACCAACGUGGGACAUAUCGUCGCAGCGGAGAUCGAGAAUCGGUACGUGGAGGGCACGAGCAUCAAGCUGUUGGUGCAUCCGGCCCUCGACUGCUUUGCCGGUGGGGAACAAACCAAGGGACAGAUCGAUGGCUACGGUCCACCGAUACCAUUUACCUGUGAUAUAACGACUACGGUAGAGCACGUGAUUGCCCAGGUGUACUGUGCGCUUGAGGGCCAGAUACGUAACACGGUGAGCGAUUACGCGCUGAAAGCGAUCGGCAUACAGGAAAUCCUGUGCGUGCGCUCGCGCCUCAACCAGCUCCAGUGCGUGCACGACAGCAUCAAGCUCGAGCACGACGUGCAGCUGGGCUUUGUAGCGAAAACGGCGCGCACGAUGCGGGUGAUCGCCCGUACCGCCCAGGACGAUGGGCGCGACGCGGACAUGCGGCUGGAGCAUCUGCUGCCGAAGGAAACGUCGCACGCGAUCGGGUACGACGAUCUGAUGAUACUGCUCGAGACGCUCGAGGCGGAAAUCGACAAGCUGCAGUCGUCGGCGGACGAUGGCCCAUCGGGCCGCACCAUACUGACCUGCUCCGGGGUGAUACAGGCGGUGAAGGCGAUCUGCAAUCUGCUCGGCCCGCUCGAUACGCUCGAAAUUGCAAAGUCGAUCGAGGAUUUGAGGGCUUGCUGCGAUCAGGGCCAGACGGUGUACAGCUACCGGGACAGUGUGGUGAGUGACGAAGCGUACAGCAACGGCAGUUUGGCGAUCGUGUCGGAGAGUGGGGACUAUGCGGAGGUGAAGCUGCGGCCGCGCACGGUCGCCGAGCAGAUCCGCUACCGGUGCAACGAGGUGCGGCACGCCAUCCAGAGCUUGCUGGAGAUUUACGCGCAAGCGUUCCGGGUGAACUUUAGCGUGAACGUGCCGGAGUACAAUGCGAACCCGAUCUCGAUCUGUAACAUCUCGCAGGCGGUGAUGGUGAACGUGUCGUGUCUGCACCGGCCCCCGCUGCACUGGCGGCACGACGAGUACAAUCUGGGCGUGCAGAUCUAUCACGGCGCGCGGUACAUUAGUGAGCCUUACGUGGUGCAGUGCUCGAACGAGCUGUCGGGGAUUUAUCCGCGGCUCACGUUCAACUCGUGGAUCAUGUUCCGCAAUCCGGUGUGUACGUUGCCGCGCGAAGCUCGGCUCGUGGUGGUACUGUACGGGUGUGUGCGGGAACCGGUCGACGGUGGUGGUACGAGCGAUGGAGGUGGAGCUUCAGGUGGAUCCGGUGGUGGCGCGUCAGGAGGAGCAGCGCCGGGUGUGAACGAUCCGGGUGGGUCGGAGGGGCGCAUGACCAAGGUGGAGCUGGGCUGGAGCUCGCUGCAGUUUUUCGACUUUGAGCGCAAGAUGGUACAGGGCUCGUAUCUGCUGCCGAUGUGGCCCCCGACGACGGAUAAAUUCUUCGGCCCGGCACCGUCCAAGGGCACGUACCCGAUCGGGGGCAGCUUCCCGAUACUGAGCAUCGAGAUACCGAGCUACGGUGGGGCGGUAGUGUUCCCCGAACCCAUACGCAACCUGCCCCCGGUGGUGCAGCUCGACUUUGCCAGCCUCGACCGCAACCUGCAGCAGGAACUGAUCGAUACGGCCGAGCAGGGCUACUCGCCGGACAAGCUGGAGAAGCGCGAGGUGCUGUGGGAGAAGCGCCACUAUCUGCAUCGGUUCCCGCACGCCCUGCCGAAGAUUCUGCACGCGGCCCACAGCUGGGACUACGCCUGUCUGUCCGAUCUGCACGCGCUGAUCAAAUCCUGGACGGCGCUCAGUCCCGUGCAGGCGCUGGAGCUGCUGUUGCCGCGCUACCCGGACCUGGAGGUGCGCCGCCAGGCGGUGGAAUGGAUCGCCGCCAUGCCGAACGACGAGUUCGUCGACUAUCUGCCCCAGCUGCUGCAGGCCCUCAAGCACGACACGUACGAAGGGUCGCCGCUAGCGAUGCUGCUGCUGCGCAAAUCGCUCGAAUCGCCCCGCAUCGCGCACCAUCUGUACUGGCUGCUGCUGCACAGCUUGCCGGGCGAAGCGCCCCAAAACAUGAUCGACGCACAGGAGACGGCCUGCGAUGCGGUGCUGAUGAAUCAGGCCCGCUACCAUCGGCGCAAUCAGCUGAUGCUGCGCGCGCUGCUAGCGAUCUGCGGCGAGAAGCUAACGGGCCGCUUCCUCUCCCAGAACAUGAUGUGCAAGCGGCUGGGCGAGGUGGCACAGAGCGUGAAGCUGGCGAAGGAUUCGCACCGGCUGCAGGUGCUGAAGCAGGGCCUGGAGUCGGUCAACCAGCUGCUGAUCGAUGGGCCGACCGUGCUGCCGCUCGAGCCGGGCGCCGAGGUGACGGGCGUGAUCGUGCGCAGCUGCAACUACUUCAACUCGAACACGCUGCCGCUGAAGAUCAACUUUGCCGGGCCGGACCGGGUGGUGGUGCCGGCCAUCUUCAAGGCUGGGGACGACCUGCAGCAGGACGCACUGACCAUCCAGAUGGUGCGCAUCAUGGACAAGAUGUGGUUGCGCGAGGGGCUCGACCUGAAGAUGGUCACGUUCAACUGUGUGCCGACCGCGUACAAGAAGGGCAUGAUCGAGCUGGUGUCCGAGUCGGAAACGCUGCGCAAGAUACAGGUCGAGUGGGGCGUGACCGGGUCGUUCAAGGACAAAUCGAUCGCGGAGUGGCUGGCGAAGCAGAACCCGAGCCAGCUCGAGUACCAGCGGGCGGUGGAGAACUUUACGCGCUCGUGCGCAGGGUACUCGGUCGCGACCUACAUACUCGGCAUUUGUGAUAGGCAUAACGAUAACAUUAUGCUCAAAACGUCCGGACAUUUGUUUCACAUCGAUUUCGGCAAGUUUCUCGGUGAUGCGCAGAUGUUCGGUAACUUUAAACGUGAUCGAACGCCAUUCGUGCUGACGUCCGACAUGGCGUAUGUGAUAAACGGUGGCGAUCGCCCAUCGGCCAAGUUCCACCAGUUCGUCGACCUGUGCUGCACCGCGUUCAACAUCGUCCGGCGGCACAGCGAUCUGCUGCUGCACAUGUUCGCGCUGAUGGCGACGUCCGGCAUACCGGGCGUCACGGUCGAGGCGGUCAACUACGUGCGCAACGCGCUGCUGCCCGGCCAGUCGAACCCGGAGGCGGCGGCCACGUUUGCGAAGAUGAUACACAUCUCGCUCAAGUCGUGGUUUACGCAGUUUAACUUCUUCCUGCACAACAUUGCGCAGAUGAAGUUUUCCGCCGAAUCGGGCGACGGCGAGCUGCUGAGCUUUAUACCGCGCGUUUACACGAUGGCCCAGGACGGACGAUUGAAGACGGUUUACGUGCACGGGUAUCAGAAGCGAUACGACCAGGAAAAGUAUUACACGUACAUUCUGCGGGUGGAGCGACAGCAUCAGCCGGACGCCGCCUAUCUGUUCCGCUCGUACAAAGAAUUUUGCGAGUUUCACCAGAAGCUCUGCAUGCACUUCCCGCUAGCCAAGCUGCAUAGCCUGCCCUCGGGCAUCCAUGUCGGGCGCUCGAACGUGAAGGUGGUCGCCGAACGUCGUCUUCCAGAGAUACGCCAGUUUCUCAUCUCGUUGUUCAACUCGGCGGAUGAAAUUGCACAUUCCGAUCUAGUUUACACCUUCUUCCAUCCGCUGUUGCGCGACCAGCAGGAAGCAGACAUCAGUUCGGCCAAGGUGAAAGGUAUACCGGCAGCGAUGGAGGACGGGCAGCCGCCCCAGGUCGGUGGAAAGAUCAAGAUUUCAAUGCAGUACCACCGGGACACGCUGAUCGUGAUGAUACACCAUGUGGUCGCGCUGCCCAACACGCCCGGUGGCCAGCCGCCCAACACGUACGUGAAGGUGUACCUUAAGCCGGACAGCUCCAAGGCGACCAAGCGCAAAACCAAAGUGGUGCGGAAGAACUGCAACCCUAGCUUUAUGGAAACGUUGGAAUAUCGGCUACCGCUCGAGUUUAUCCAGAAGAAGGUGCUGCAGGUGACGAUCUGGUCGCACGACUCGCUGCAGGAGAAUGCAUUCCUCGGUGGCAUUGAGCUGCCGCUUGCCGAAAUAGAUUUACGUCGCGAAACGAUACAGUGGCACCAGCUCGGGUACCUAACGCGGGUUUAAACAAACAAACAAACAAACAAAAAAGGGACCGGGUUCGUCGUCUCGCACUGGACCAAUGUAUCACGUAUCUAGGCGGGGGUUUCGUUUUUGCCCCCCUUCCUUCGCACUAUCGUAUUGCUACUAUUGCUGUGCAUUUGAUUGUAAUUGCUCUUAUAUGUUUUGAUGUUGUGUUGAUGCUCAUUCGCUUAGCUUGUCACAGUAUACUCAAAAAAAGCCGGGAAAGAAAGGAGAGAAAGAGAGUGAGACUAGCGAGUCGGUAACCAGGGUUGUGAAAGCAAAUAUUAACGAGCUGUGUAGUGAGACACGACAAGGGUGAAUCAUUUGAUCGACACUCCAGCUGUAUUCUCGUUACUGGUUUAGCUUCCUGCAAUUAGGCACCAUUACCACAACUUUACAAUCAUUUCACAACUCGCCUUUAGAGAACAGCGCUGCAAUGCAAGCCUUUUCUUAUUAGAGUCUUAUCAACGCGUGAUCAGAAGCAAUAACUUUACUAAUUGUGUUUAAUUGUGUGCAUUUUUCGUCCAAAUCAAAUAGGACGAGCCUGUGUGUUAUACUGUGGGGUAGCGUUCGUUGCAAAACAAGAUAUGCACGCGCGUUUAUGUAGUUUCGUGCUUUAUUUUUUGUUGCUGUGCUUGCAACUUACCGCGCCUCGUUCACGUGUGCUCGGGCGUGGUGAUCCAUUAACAAGAGGAUAUUUUAUUUAUUAUUGUAUACUUGCACCUCGAACGAGCGAAACAUGGGCUCGAAACGAAACACUCGCACCGUGGGUGUGUGUGCGUGUGUCCGUGACCUGAUGUUGAAUUCGUAUCGAAGAAAGAAGAUAAAUGGAGAGAAAAUAUAUCUAUACUAAAUCGAAAA